UGUCACGGUGUGACAAAAGAGAAGCGGAACUAAGUCCCGCCGGAAUUUUGUGUUCCCCUCGGGACGGUGUCGCGGUAAUACCGGUCCACUUCCGGGUUGCGCCCGAUGUCACAAUAACAACGCUAAUGACAGAUUGACAUCUGGUGUGGGGAGUUUGAUGUGGCGAUCUGUGAGAGGAUUAUGGAGGCGGAGUAACCACAUAAAAAGAGAAGUGCAGAGACCAUGAGGAGGGUGGUGGAUUCUAUUUGGUCGUUCGUUCUCCCGGCUAUUCUUCCUGGUUGGCUUGCCCCCGUAUGUGGUUCUUCUCUUUGGAUGUGUUCCCCUAGGAGAGGUGAAUUCCUGGGACGUUUGGGCUGGCGUGUGGAGGUAUUUGAGGACUAUUGUGGGGUUUCGGCUAUCUGGCUGUGCAACAGAUAUAUCAGCGAUCGAGUGGAGAUAUUCAGGACAGAAGGAGUGUGAACUCUGGAAAGCAAGUGAAGACCAGGCCGCGCCAUCACUAUCGGAGGGAAGUUAAGAGACCUGAUCUGGGACUUCGAUCAAUUGUAUACAUCUGGACUGGGAGUGAUAACGUUGUGAAGUGGACGGAGCCAUCGUUGGAUCGCAGGAUCCUCUGGGCCGAACGCCGCAUGUGAUGUCCCUAUGAAAAGAGGUGGACACACGAAUUAUUCCUUUCCCGGUCUUAACCGAAGCAUCUCCCAGCCGUAAGCCCCAUUACUUAUUCAAGGACACAUACUUACUGUUGAUUACUUACCCCGCUGUGCAGAUCACAGGAUUCUCUGGGCCGAAUGCUGCAUGUGAUGUCCCUGUAGAAGGAGGUGGACACGAGAAUUAUUCCUUUUCCCGGUCUCGACCGAAACAUCCACGAGCUCUACUUACCCGGAUACCCCCCCUCACUCCGGGACGGGUGACAGACUAUCCUGGCUCUUGCUGGCCCCGUACAGGCACGAAUUGCCGACGACUCCACGCCUUCCCGGCGUCCGAGGUCUGGCUCCGUUCUGGUCGGGAGACACGGAAGGAACACUGAACUUUUAAAUUGCUUUUAACCAAAUAAAACCUUGUUCAUUUUUUUAUACUCUCGUCCGUCUGGUUCUUCUGGUACGCUCUCCGAGGUGAUCCUGGGUUUCAGGGGUGGGUGCAGUCUGGCUUGGCUCCCCCGACCUGUGACAGAUUUGGCGUAGUCGGCAGGGUUUCACCUCGGGUUGAGCGACCAGGGAUUCUCAGAUGGCCGACGACGAGGCACUGGGGGCCCCACCCCGAGUCAUGCCAGUGUUCAUGGGAAAACCCUGGGUCCAGAAAUAUGGAGGAGAUGAGUCAGAGGUACGCCUCUCCGAAUGGCGGGCUCAGAUCGAAUAUCUGGCCGGGCUACAGGGACUGAGCGCGACCCAACAGCUACAGUUUGCCCUCAACUCCCUUGACGGGGAAGCACGGCGGGAAGUCCAAGCCGCCCCCGAAGCUGUCCGAACCACCGCCCAGUCUGUGUUCAGAUUCCUGACGGAAAGGUAUGGUGACGCCACUCCAACUGCGGUUCUCCGGGCCCAGUUCUUCAGCAGCAAGCAGGGCCCCCGCCAAUCCGUCAGAGCUUUCGCCCUCCAACUACGGGAGCGAGUUACCAGGCUGCAGGGACGCCCAGACCAUGGUCUCGGAGAUAGUGAGACUCUGUUGAGGGACCAAUUCCUGCUGGGGCUAAGGGAAGGCCCGGUACGCCAGGGACUUAGAGUCCAAUUCAGAAGGGAGCCGGAACUCACCUUCGAAGACCUAAAGAAAGAAGCGGUGGCAUUGGAGAACGAUCAGGUUGAGGUGAAAGAACCCCCUGUGUGUGCGGCCGUAAGUAGCUCCGCAGGGCUGUCCCCGACAUGGCAGAGUGGAAACAGACUCUGA